CGGCGCCACCGACGACGCACACCGCGCGCAGUACCGCGCGUUUUCCCGGCGUGCACGUACGCGAUAACAAUAAUUAUUAUUGUUUUAUAAUAAUAUUAUAUUAUAUAUUUAUAAUAAUAAUAAUAAUAAUAAUAAUAAUAAUGCGAUAAUGCGAUAAUACGAAUAAUAAUAUUACAAUAUUACUUGUACUACGAUACCGCCAAUUACACUACGCUCGCUACACUGUUUUUUUGCCGUCAUCAUCUAUUCGCGGUUUUCCGUACGCGUUUAUUCGGGUGUACACCACCUUUCCACCCCUCCGCCUGACCAUCCGCCACCGGGAGAAGUUUGCGCGCCCACCACGUGGACGCCGCGACGGGCCCGCCAAAUCAUCGCCAGCCCUCCACCGAGUCAUCGUCACGUCUAAACUUUUUCUCUGACAUGAGUGCGUUGGAAAAUCCCGGAUGAUUGAACCGUCGUUUGUCUUACUAUAAAUCCGACGAAAUAAACGAUCACUCGAUCGCGCAGUGACCUCUCGAAGAACGGUGCGACGACGACGACGACAUGGUGUGCGGCACGCGAGAUUUCAACGCGUUAAUCGUAACUCUCGUAUUAAUACUAUCGACGGUCAGAGCUUGGAACUCUGCAACAAACUCGAACACGUCUUACAUGGACGACUAUGAAAAUUCAUGGUCACCCUGGUCCGAUUGGUCAUCGUGUUCGAGAACGUGCGAUGGCGGAGCCACUUAUCAACUACGAAGGUGCAAUGCAGUGGUCGGCUGUAAAGGUCACCACGUCAGAUACAAAAUCUGCAACAUGGAGCCGUGCCCUGACGGAUUGGAUUUCCGAGCGGUGCAGUGUUCGGCCUACAACGACCAGCCGUAUGACGGCGAAACCGUGGAAUGGCACCCUUACUACGACGAGGAGAGUCCUUGCACACUAAUGUGCGUCGACUCCAAAGGCCGAGUGGAAGAAAUGGCCCCGAGGGUGCGAGACGGCACAAGGUGCAGGCUGGGCUCGUUGGACAUGUGCAUCGACGGCGUUUGUCAGAGGGUUGGCUGCAAUUUAGAAAUCGGAUCAAAGGCCAGCGUGGACGAAUGUGGAGUCUGCGGUGGAGAUGGUACGUCGUGUUCGAAGGAUUUACACCACUGGGGCAAGAUGGGCACUGGCUGUUCGGUGUCUUGCGGCGGAGGGUACGAAAUGUCUAGAAUAAUCUGUCAAAAUCGAGACACGGGCGUUGAAGUGGAUGCUGAUCUAUGCCCGGGCGAGAGGCCAACCGGCAGCGAUUUAUCUGUGGAGUGUAACAGCCAACCAUGUCCUCCCAAGUGGGUGGCUGACGACAACUGGAGUCCCUGUAGCAAAACAUGUGGAGGCGGAAUAAGGGUACGACACGUUUAUUGUGUGGAAGAAACAAAUGGCACUAGAACAAAGGUAUGGCAUCACAUGUGUCACGGGCACAAACCUAAAAUUCAGGAACAGUGCAACAUCCAACCGUGUUAUUCCGACUGGUCAACAGGUGAAUGGUCCAAAUGUUCGGCGACUUGUGGCGACGGAAUGCAGAUCAGAAACAUCACUUGCAAAUCGAAACAAAAGUAUCUGACUUGCGACCCGAUGACCGAGCCCAGGCGAACCAAGACUUGUUCUUCGAACUUGCCGUGCUACCACGACAAUUUCGACGCAGACUCGGAUUUCCAAGUGGCGUCCAAAUCGAGUUUUUCACAAGCCCUCGCUCAGCGAUUGAUCAGCCAACAAAAAACUUCCCCGCACACACUGUUCGUUUCCGACAAUUGGAGCCCAUGCAGCGUCACGUGCGGCGAUGGUAUCAGAACGAGAAAGGUGUACUGCAAAGCUCAUUUAGAUUACACUCAAAUCAUGACCAAGUUAACAGACGAUGCGUGCGUCGGUCCCAAACCACCGGAGGUAGAAAAAUGCUUCUCGGUGCCCUGCUCGUUGAACAAAAUAUUUGAUCAAAAUGAGAGGUCCAUCAGGGACGGAUACGCGGACGCCAGCUCCGAUGAUUUCAAUCCACCGAAAGUCGCCCCUGGUUCGUUUGGUAAAACAUACUCUUGGAAAAGAGAAGGCUUUACGCAUUGCAGUGCUUCUUGUCUUGGAGGCGUACAAGAAUCGUUGGUGCUGUGCGUACGCGAAGAGGACAAGAAAAUCGUCUCCCCAUACUUGUGUUCCCGAAACGAUCAACCUGAAGUACUGACGCAGACGUGCAACGACCAACCCUGCCCGCCCAGGUGGAAUGUUAGCGAUUUCCAGCCGUGUUCGCAGAGCUGCGGCAUUGGACUUCAGAUGCGCGAGGUCAACUGCAUACACGAGGUGACCGAAGGGAACACAGCUAUCGUGCCAAACAACAUGUGUCCACAACCCCCACCCACAGACCGGAAGCAAUGCAACAUGAUAGACUGUCCCACGGAAUGGCGGACUUCCGAAUGGUCGAAGUGUAGUAAAAAGUGUAACGGUGGCGUCAAAACCAGAGUGGUUGAGUGCGUGCAGAGAAUUGCCCACGGGCACAUCAUAAACCGGCCGGACACGGAUUGUGGUACCGACAAGCCACUCAACAGCAGACUGUGCAAUCCAAACGCUUGCAGUUCGCAGGAAGCGGUCAUGGUGUCAGACGUGGCUCAGAAAUAUGAACAGGCUACCACCGAGGAGGACGUCAUGCUCAAAGUAGGCGGCGAGGCGACGGUGUACAGAGGGGUGGAAAUGAAGAUGCGGUGUCCCGUCAACAAAAGGGGGAAAAUACAGUGGUCAAAAGACGGUCAGCCGUUGCAAAAUGGCAAGAAAGUUCGGAUAUCGAAAAAAGGCAUACUCAAGAUCCGGGCCACCACGUACUCGGACCGAGGGACCUAUACGUGUAUUGCCGGUAACGCCCAAGCUACAAUGAACAUCAACAUCAAACCCCAGCCGGGAGAGUUUCCUAGUUCCGAAGAAAUCGACAAGCCUUUGAACCAACAAGACCCAGGCAUGAAUCCUUCGUACGCGAAUCCACAAGGGAUAGAACCAUCAUUUGACAUCAGCCACGAACGCAUCAAAGGCGAGCACAAUCGCGAACAGAAGCACAAACAGUCACGACAGAAAACUACUACCAUUCAGUCUACCGUAACGAGUACGGCGUCUUCCGAAAAACACGUAGUGGAAACAGAGAAAAAUGCUAUAGACGUCUCCCCAAAACCCACCACUUCCGGAAGUUCACGAAACUUGCCUCACCUUCACAGUCUUCUUUUUAACCUCAAGGCUCUGUGGCCGUUUCAGGGUGUGAGCAACGCACGGGUGAAUAGAAUGUUUAUGGAAGAACCGGCGAACCCAGCUCCAGAAAUCGAAACCAGCACCGAAGACAUGUUUGGCAAACCCGUUUUGCUCGGCAAAGGUGACCGGAAGAGCGUAAAAUUCGAAUGGGUCAUCACGGAAUGGUCGGACUGCUCUCCGCCUUGCGGGGGAAACGGUUUUCAGAUGAGAGCUGCCCACUGCAUGGUCAAACUAAACAAUAUGACACAAAGCGUGGACAACAACUUGUGCGAGGACGCCCGGCUGCCGACGCCCGUCACCAUACAAAAGUGCGAGACAGAUGAUUGUCCGCAGUGGUCGGUGACCGAAUGGAAACCGUGUGAGGAGUCCAAGUGUUUCACCUGGAAUACUGCGAUGCAGAGGCGAAACGUGUACUGUCAGAAUUCGGAUGGAGCCACUAUAUCGGACGAGGCGUGCCACGGGAUCGAAAAGCCGGUGAACCGGAAGGAAUGCUACAACGAUCAGUGCAAAGGCACUUGGAAAGUGGGCGAGUGGUCCGAGUGUACGGCGUCAUGCGAAAAGGACGGGCUGAGGUACCGAAUAUUGCAGUGCGUCUGGUACGGCACCAACAAGCCCGCCGGGACCGCCUGCCGCGACCAGCCCAGGCCACCGGUAAUGAAGACUUGCACCGGACCGCAGUGCGCAACAAAAGACGAAUGCAAAGAUCACAGCAAACACAACUGCAAGAACGUAAAACAAAUGAACAUGUGUCACUUGCGUCAAUACCAAACACAGUGUUGUCUUUCGUGUGCAUAAGCACAUCACCACUGUAAUUUUAUUUUUCUAUUUAAAAUUUUUUUUCUAAGUUUUAACGUGUUAGUACGUGUUUUAGAAUUCAUUCCGUUGUACAUAAUUAUUAUAUACGAUGAGUUACAAUAAGUAUUAAGUGUGACGCACAUCUUGUUGAACUAAUAUUUAUAUUGUUAAGUAGGUGAAAUAUUAUUUUAAUCCGAUUUUGAAUGUGUGCCGUUGAUUACGUAUGAUAUUUUGUACACUAUAGUAUAUACUAUUAUACUAUUCGUAGCGUUCUAUUUUUUUAUUGUUCUGUUUUUAAAUAGUCGCUAAGUAGGUACGUAUACAUAAGCGGAAAUCGGCUACAAUUUUUUUUUUUU